CAAGCCGACUUUCACUGAGGUUUCUGGCUGCAGCGAGUGGAAGGACCUGCUCGGCGGGAACGUUUUUGUCCCUCCCAGGCGACGUCCGAUGGGUGUGUCGGGCAGGGAUUGACAUUGGACGGGCUGCGCCCGGACAGCGGCUUAGGAGCCUGGAGCCAGGAGCCAGACAGGGAGCCCGGAGCUAAGCAGCGAGUGAGCAUGGCCGCCCCGGGCCCACCGCCCCCCACCAGCCACGCGCCCCCUGACGUGCCCUCGGGGCUCGCGCUGUUCCUCACCACUCCCUUCGCCUUCUUCCUGCCCGAGCUGGUGUUUGGGUUCUGGGUCUGGGUCCUGGUGUCUGCCACCCACGUGGCAAACCCCCUGCUGCAAGGAUGGGUGCUGUAUGUCUCGCUGACCUCAUUCCUCAUCUCCCUCAUGUUCCUGUUGUCUUACUUGAUUGGAUUUUACAAGAGAUAUGAGUCCUGGAGAGUCCUGGACAGCCUGUACCACGGGACCACUGGCAUCCUGUACAUGAGCGCGGCUGUCCUGCAGGCCCACGCCACCAUCGUCUCUGAGGACAAGGACCUGGGCAACUACAUGACAAACACUGCGGCCACGUUCUUCGCCUUCAUCACCACCCUGCUCUACGUGCUCCACGCCUUCAGCAUCUAUUACCACUGAGGGCAGGGGUCCCCCCGGCGCGAAAUGCUCUCCUAAAGCGUGGACCACUGGCUCCCGAAGGUCGCUUCAGCAUUCGCCAUCUGGAUGACACACAGACCAACAAAAUGUCAGCGGGACUAACAGACCGUUUUUUUGGACAGAGGGAUGAAAUCCCACUCCGCAUAGCCUCCUGGACUUGGUAAUCCAUCAUGAUGACUGUGAGAGGCUGCAUUGCCUUUGUCUGGAAAGUAACUGGCUCCAGAAAACUCAUUUCCAAAGUCCUCAGCGUUGAGAAUCCCGAUCCACUAGCGUCACAUCUGCCUGGGGACCCCUGUCUCAGCAAUUAGGGUCCCCAGGCAGGUGUAUGGGAAUGUGCAGUCUUAGUUUCUUAAAGCCUACAUGGUGCUAUCAACGCCUCCACAUCACACCUCUGCUUAGAUGCAGGUCCUCUCCCGCCCUGUGCUUCUCGGCAGCAAAGACCAGCAGCACUGCCACCCCAUUAGACCCCCCCUCCCUUUCCUUGCCAGCCUUGGGACCCAAUUUAGAGGCUAGAUUUGCAGGAAAAGAAGUGAAUUAUUCUACAAAAUUGUUAUGUAGUAAGAGCUGGGUGUGGGGAUGGGCUGCAGGACCCCGCCCGACAAGGACCAGAAGCCACCUUGCCCCCCAGAAGACCUUCAGGGAAGGAAGCAGGAUGUUACGCACAAGGAUUCUCCUCUGGGCGCCUCUCACACUGCGGGACGGGUAAGGAGGCCGGAAAGGGCCCCCGUCCAGGGACGUGCUCUUUCGUGGGUGCCCACUCCCCUCCAGGCCCCGCUGUGGUGCUAGCGAAGAGCAGCCUGGGCCACUGCGCUGCCUCCCACAGUGCGGGGCUCCCAUGGCUGGACACAUGGCGUUCGACUUUUGGACCAUUCUCAGUGAGAGGGCUGGCGUUGUGCAUACAGAAACACAAGGAGAGGCACUUGGUUUCAGAGUAAACGUCUUCCCUGAGAAA